AUUUGUCAAACUUGUAAAAAGUUGUGAAUCAAAAGAGAGUUUCACUUUUUUGUGUAAAUUUAAAGCAAGGAACUAUGCCAAGUUAUUAUCGUAAGCUCUAUUCAAAUCGCUACAACUAUAGAGACGAAAACUACUUAGGGCAAUAUCUAUCGCAGCUGCAAUUAACUAAUGCUAACAAUAAUGCGCCCAAGCUAAGCCAGCAAGUGAUAAAGCCACGCGCUGCAGCUGAGCUUAAGCUAAAUGGCAAAAUAAGUUUUUAUUUUGGCAACUCCGAGCCGAGCACAGAUUGGCGCAUGAGCGAUGAGGUGCCCAUAGUGGAGCGACGUCGCCUGGAGGAGUCAAGUGGCGAGCAGCUGAUGAGUCUGGAGCCGCAGCCAACAAGCGAAUUUAGUCACACCAUUUGGCAGUUGGAGCUGCCAGGUCAAGAGCUGCCCGCUGCUCUCGAGCAAGACAACAUGGGCUGCAAGCUGGGCAAGAUUAAAGUUGUGCUAAAUAGCAAAGGACGUGGACGCAAGCCGGAGGCCUACAAGCGUUUGCAGCAGCAAACAGCUGAGCAGCUGGCGAGCAGCAAAAGAACAAGAUCAGCUUCGGUUGCGCCCAGCACAUUGCAGCCAUUGAAAAAGAGCUCAGAUCGUCGUAGAGUGAAGCAGCCGGGCGAGCAGUUUGAGUGCAGCGAUUGCCAAAAGAAAUUCGAUCACUCCUGGAUGCUGGUUACACACAAACGCACGCAUACAGGUGAAAAGCCGUUUGUUUGUCCUGAGCAAAGCUGCCAAAAAUCCUUUGCCGAUCGCUCCAAUUUGCGUUCGCAUCAGCGCACUAUGGGUCAUCAUUGCUGGCAGUUUCAGUGUGGCCAGUGUGGCAAAUACUUUAGUCAGGAAUGUUAUUUGCGGCGACACUCACUCGAUGCUUGUCGCAAAUAUUUGCUGUCGGUGCGAGCAAGAAAAUAAAAGCACAAGACUCAUGUUGAACUGAAUGCAUAAAUGUUGACACAGCAGCGACAAAAGUUUAAUAAAUCAACGUAUUUUAAACAUGCA